AAGAUUAAAGCAAAUGCAAAAAUGAAUAGCAGUUGGUGGUUUUUGUUCCUAUUGGUGGUUUUUGUAUAUAGAUAAAAAUUCCAUUCAAUCAAAACCAAGGUAUUAACUUUUUUUUUUAAUACCUGUAGAACUUUCCAGCAGGCAAAGCUUUUUAUCUUUCAUUCUAUUUAUCUGUUUAUUGUUGUAAUUGGUAUCAAAGCACCGUUGCCUUUAAAGUGCCUUUAAGGUGCAUUGUCAAAGCCAUUUUUUGUUAUAUAUUAACCUUUGUAUGUGCCUUUGAAAAUCUAUCUAUCAUCAGAACCUGUACGACUUGUCGGUUUUACAACCUAACUAACUAACUCUAGUUAGUAGCUAACUAACUAAUUACUAACUGUCUAACUAACGGACUGCUGUCUAACUGCUGUUUAACUGUGUAUGUGGAAUAAACCUUCAGAAAGACAGUGGAGUUGUACCCGCCGUACUUGUUCUGGUUACCCUUUCCAGAAGGGAGUAUUGAGCUGAAAGGUCCAGUCCAGUAAAAAUCUGGACAAUACCGUAUUGAUCGAUAGUGAUCGAAGAUGCCGUGUCUGGAGUCUCCAGUGUUUUACCUCAGUUGGUCUCUGGUCGUCGGGGGCGCGCUCUACUUUUGGCAGCAGACGCGCGUGCACACGCCGUACGGUCGUUACACGUGUGAGCGCACGCGCUGCUGUUCGGCCAGACUGGGCUGGUUCCUGCAGGAGGUUCCGUCUCUGCUGGUGCCGCUGCUGCUGCUGCUGCUGCAGGAGGAGGAGACCGGGACCAGCACCGGGACCAGCACCGGGACCAGCACCGGGACCAGCACCGGGAGGACGCUGCUGCUCUGCACCUUCAUGCUUCAUUAUUUCCACAGGAGUUGUAUCUACGCCUUCCUGACCAGAGGAAGGCCCCUCCCCCUGACGACGGUCGUCCAGGCGGCCAUCUUCUGCUCUGUGAACGGUUUCCUGCAGAGUCACCACCUGCUGCACUGCACACACUUCCCUCACAGCUGGAGCAGCAGCGCUCGGCAGGCUGGAGGUUUCCUUCUGUUUGUCGUCGGUCUGAGCAUCAACAUCCACAGCGACCACAUCCUACGCAACCUGAGGAGACCUGGAGAGGUGGUCUACAGGAUCCCCCACGGUGGGAUGUUUGAGUUUGUGUCGGCUGCAAACUUCUUCGGGGAGAUCGUGGAGUGGUGUGGUUACGCUGUAGUGGCGUGGACCUUCCCUGCCUUUGCCUUUGCGUUCUUCAGUGCCUGCUCCAUCGGGCCCAGAGCGUUCCACCACCACAGAGACUACCAGCGGCGGUUUGAAGACUAUCCUCGCUGCAGGAAAGCUCUGAUCCCCUUCAUACUUUGACCCUGAGGUGGGAGGAGCCUGAGGUGGGAGGAGCCUGAACGUCACCACAGUGUUCAUGUUUUCACGGCAUGAAUCAAUGAAUAAACUGGGACUGAACGGACACUCACCCUCUCACAUUUCACACCAAUAAUUACUCCACCAAUAAUUACGAUGUCAUAGUUCAGUGGUGAGCACAUGAGGAAGUGCCCCGCCCUGCUGGCUGCCAUUCAUACUGCAUGUGUCCUCAAAAUAUUAAUAAAAAAUAGAUUUGUUUUUUUA